CCCCCCCCAGCUAUGCAGUGCUAGGGGGAGAAAAAAGUGCACCCAGGGGGGGCCCCAGGACAGAGUUUGGGGAACCCUGGUCUAAAUGAUAGCCAGCCAUGUGGUCACUCUCAAAAACAUACUUCUAAAUUGCAAUAGUCACAUUUCUUAGUCAUGCUUAUUUUAUGGAUAUCUGUAGCCUAUGUUAUCAUUUUUACAUUGACAUUAUGAAUUGAGGUUGAUGAGGAUAUGAGUAGCUCUAGUUGUGUACAAUUGGGUGAUGCUCCUGGACAGAUGUAGGCUACACCGGAGCUGACUCACUGUCAGGUGUGUUCUAGUUCUGAGGGAGAUAGAUUGAUCUGCUGGAGCGUAUUCAGAGAGAGAAGAGAGCGAAUUGACAGAACGGAGAAUGUUGAGAGAGAUAAAAGAAAGAGAACUUACAGAGUUUGUGCCAAACAGCUGGACAGGAAAUCACUAAAAGCAGAAAAGACAUGGAAAGAGGAGAACAACCGAAGAAGCCAUGGAAAGAGAUCAGUGCCAAUGCUGUGUUUGUGGAGGACACAACCUGCACCACCGAUAUCUGCCAGGGCCAGCUGGGUGACUGUUGGCUUCUGGCUGCCCUGUCCUGCCUUACCAUGCACCCCAAUCUCUUUGUCAAAGUGGUACCACCUAAUCAGAGCCUGACAGAAUCCUAUGCUGGCAUCUUCCACUUCACGUUCUGGCAGUAUGGUGAGUGGGUGGAGGUGGUAGUGGAUGACAGGCUGCCCGUACGCGGAGGCCGCCUGCUCUUCAGCUACUCCUGUACCCGCAACGAGUACUGGAGCGCCCUGGUGGAGAAAGCCUAUGCCAAGCUGAUCGGGUCAUAUGGCAGUCUGAAGGGGGGUAAUAUCUCUGAGGCGAUGGAGGACUUCACAGGGGGCAUAGCCUACUCCCUCCCUGUAUCCUCACGCACCCCCAGGAUCAUGUGGAAAGCCCUCUCUGAUGCCCUGUCCCGUGGCAGCCUGCUCAGCUGCUUCAUACAGGCUAGUAACUAUCUUGAGAUAGGCACAGUGACUGCAGAGGGACUGGUGAAGGGCCAUGCCUACGCCAUCACAGACACUGACACGGUGAAGAAGUCGGCUGGUGAGGCCUUGUUGCUGAGGCUGAGGAACCCCUGGGGCUUUGUGGAGUACUCUGGACCCUGGAGUGACAAGAGUAAAGACUGGGAUGAUGUGGAUGCUGCUGAAAAGAAAAGAAUUGAGCUGAAAAAUAGUGAGGACGGAGAGUUCUGGAUCAGUGCGGAGGACUUCAGCAAGCUGUUUGGCACAGUGGAGCUGUGCAGUGUGGACCCUGACCCCAUAGUGGACGAGGACACACCCACCGACCCCGACUCCCCUGCCGCCCCCAUCUCUUCCUGGACCCUCAGCUCCCAUAAAGGCUCCUGGGUAUCGGGCUCCACUGCAGGGGGAAGCUGUACUUACCCUCGAUCCUUCUGGAAGAAUCCCCAGUUCCAGCUUGUCCUUGCCGAGCAUGAUGACGAUCAUGCGAUGACUCCGGAGGAGAAGAAGGUGGCCGAGAACCAGAAGGAGAAAGCGAAGCAGUGCACCGUGUUGGUGGAACUACUGCAGAAAAACCGGAGGAAGAAGGACAAAGUCAACUUCCUCCACAUCGCCUUCCACAUCUACAGGGUUCCUCCAAAGCUUCGGGGCCUGUGUCUGGACCAGAGCUUCUUCUCCUCCCAGCAGCCUGUGGGGAGUUCUGGGAAGUACCAGCCCCUGAGGGCUGUGUGGAGGGAGGUGAGGCUGGACCCGGGAAACUAUGUGAUUCUGGCUUCCACCUACAGUCCCAACCAGCCUGCGGAAUUCUUCCUCCGCGUCUAUUCCAAGACCGGCAACAAUCUGGGGACCAAAGAUUUCACCUGCUCCACUGGCUUCAUCAUGGUAAUGUCAAUGCCACCAGUCUUAGCAGAGGAUCGCAAGAGAGUACAGAAGACCUUUGAUGAGAUGGCGGGGCCUGACGACAAGCUGAAUGCUAAGGAGUUCAUGAAGCUGGUUAACUCAGUUUUGGAGAAAGACUACCAGCUGCCACUGGAGACAUGCAGACAGCUCAUCUUUGGAGAGGAAACUGGGGGGCGUAGCAGUCUGACCCGAGAGCAGACAGAGCCUGUGCUGGCCUCUCUUCGCAGUCUGCAGUCCAUCUUCUUCAAGUUUGAUCAGGACUCUUCAGGGACCAUGAGCCCCUUUGAGCUUAGUCUGGCCCUCCAGGCUGCAAGGGUGCAGUGUGAUGGCCAGGUCAUACAGCUGCUGUGGGAGAGGUUUGGCUCUGGGGAGCCGCAUCUGCCUUUCCAUGGCUUUGUGGCCUGUGUCACCAGGCUGCGCAAGCUAUUCGCCCUGUAUAAAUCAGAGAGCAACCCAGAGGUCAAAGAUGUGGGAAUCAAUGCCUGGCUGCUCCGUCUCCUGACCGUGUGAGUGUGCUCUGCAAACGGGGUCUCCGCGUGGGCACUGCAGGGGCAUUCUGUCUGACCAGAACCAUAUGAUAACAUCAUGCUUCUGUCGGCGUCCACACACACACACACACACACACACACAAUCCCUGAACUUUGUCACCACACUAUACACCACUGUCAUUCUCUACUGCCAUAUUGUGCUAAUAGUGCUUUACAUAAAUUUUCAUGGAUAGUACCUCUGGAGUUAGUGUCACUACUAAUGUAUUUGAUGUGUACACAGGUAUUUUCAGUUUUACAGCCAAGUAUUUCUUAAAACUCAAAUAAUGAGGUGGUAUUGCCCAACAGCUGAAAUAGUGAAAAUGUAUUUGAAGCUCUGGAAAUUAAAAUGAAGAACGCAAUGAAAUGUAUCCGAAAAUAAAUCUUCGCAAACAUGAA